GGCGCUCAAUCGAGGGAUACCCCCAUCUCUUCUGUCCUCUUCCUAGUACGCGCGGUGUUUUUGUGCUUCGAUUUUUGCUCAGGAGGAUAGCGGAGAGUUGAGGAUCACGCAGGCUCGUUGAUACUCUAGUUGUGGGUGGGAGCAUAAUGGCGCAUGGUCACUUCAAAUGAUGCCCUGGGCGGAAUUAGUCUCUGGGGUUUAUGUGUUCCUGUUCUUUACUCUGUUCCCGUUAGCUGUCGUUUUUUGUUCUCUCCUUCAUUUUUUCGAGCGAGAUUGACCAACCAACCUGUGAUUCCCCUACUGUUUCUCACUCGUUCUUGUUCAUGUUCUAUCAGUCUUGGGGCUCGGCUCUUGUCUUUAUUACUUUUGCUGUACCAUGGUUGCCAAGGAGUGGCCGGUGAAGGUGUAAAUAACUGUGGCUCUGCUAUACUGCCAAUCAUACAUACCUCCAACAGUGCAAUCUGCUCUCAUGUGCAUUGUAUCUCAGCUAAGCUAUAUCUGUAUACUUUCUCUACAAGAAACAUGACAAUACACAAGCCAAGCAAUAACCCAAAAUAGAACCAAAACAACAAAAAUCCCUCUCUCCCUCACCGACAACCCCAAAGACUCAGCACAUGAACGAUUUCCCGGGGGAGAACCCCCGGACCCCCUUCUUUUCAACCUCCCCAA